UUGUUCUACUCCUCCCUUUCUUCAAUUCUUCUCUUCCUUCACAAUUCUUCACUUUCCAAGUUUCCAUUGAUACAAAAGUUCCAGCUUUUCUCCAGAAGAGUUCCUCGAACCAAGCGAAUUAAGGUUCAGAAGAAGUUUGAGGAAUUAAGGGGAGAGAAAGAGAGAAAAAAGAUGGAUAAGUACGAGCUUGUGAGAGAUAUUGGGUCUGGGAAUUUUGGUGUGGCGAGGCUUAUGAGGAACAAGGAAUCCAAAGAGCUUGUCGCCAUGAAAUACAUCGAGCGUGGACACAAGAUCGACGAGAAUGUGGCGAGAGAGAUCAUAAACCACAGAUCGCUUCGACACCCCAACAUAAUUCGAUUCAAGGAGGUUGUCUUGACACCGACCCAUCUCGCCAUCGUCAUGGAAUAUGCCGCAGGGGGAGAGCUCUUCGAGCGAAUCUGCACCGCUGGAAGAUUCAGUGAGGACGAGGCCAGAUAUUUCUUUCAGCAGCUUAUCUCAGGUGUCAGUUUCUGUCAUUCGAUGCAAAUCUGCCAUCGAGACUUGAAGCUCGAGAACACUCUAUUGGAUGGAAGCCCAGCUCCUCGCCUGAAAAUAUGUGAUUUCGGUUACUCCAAGUCGUCUCUGUUGCAUUCAAGACCCAAAUCGACUGUCGGAACUCCGGCAUAUAUCGCUCCGGAGGUUCUUUCCCGGCGAGAGUACGACGGAAAGAUGGCAGAUGUCUGGUCAUGUGGAGUCACUCUUUAUGUUAUGUUGGUUGGAGCUUAUCCUUUUGAAGACCAAGAAGACCCCAAAAACUUCAGGAAAACUAUCGGACGGAUAAUGGCUGUUCAAUACAAAAUCCCGGACUAUGUUCACAUAUCUCAAGAUUGCAAGCAUCUCCUUUCUCGCAUAUUUGUUGCAAACUCAUCCAAGCGGAUUACCAUUAAGGAAAUCAAGAGCCAUCCAUGGUUCUUAAAGAACUUGCCAAGGGAGCUAACAGAAACUGCUCAAGCCAUCUAUUAUCAAAGAGACAACCCAAACAACCCAAGCUAUUCCCUUCAAACCGUAGAGGAAGUAAUGAAAAUUGUGGGAGAAGCAAGAACACCACCUCCAGUCUCUAGGUCUAUUGGGGGCUUCGGCUGGGGUGGUGAGGAAGAUGAAGAGGAUGGCAGGGUAGAAGAGGAAGAAGUAGAAGAGGAGGAAGAUGAAGAUGAGUAUGACAAAAGAGUUAAGCAGGUACAUGCUAGUGGAGAAUUUCCAAUCAGUUAAAAAGGACUAUGCUUUUUACUUUGUUAUCAGCAAAAUAUUAAUUUGAUUUUGGGAUUUCCAUAGAAGAUUAGAAGGUUUCUCAUGUGUGUAAAAAGUUAUAUACUACUGCUUCAAACUUGAGAGUUUUAAAUGAUUGUAAACGUCAAAUAUUGUCCUAUUAAGAGGUCUAUGUAUUUAACUUCAAAAGUUUGGUGCAGAGCAUAUAAUCAAGUAAUUUAGUAUCUCA